AUGGCGGCGGAGUUGGAACAUAACCCCAUCCGCAAAUUCGUGGGUCGGCUGCGUGCUGGCAGCAUGAGCCUCAUCUCCCCGCGACCCUCCUCACACGGUAGUCAAGACUCGUGUAACAGCCAUCACAGCUUCUCACGACGUAGAACGAGUAGCUCUCCGCGCAACUCGCUCUCGAGUCUCGCGGCCGCGGCGGCCCGCGAAGCUAGCAUCUCUCUCAGCCUCUGGAACGCAGCGUACGAUGGCCUCCGCGACGGCCCGUCCACUGCAGGACUCGUCCUCGCGUACGAGUCCAUCGUCUCCCAGGAACUCCCGAACCACAUGAAGACGGGCGGCAUGAGCAUGAAUUUUCGUGGUCUGUCCGAUGAUGGCCGUCUGCGGCUGUUGCAGGAAAUUAUGAGCGCUGGCCUCGCCAAGAGGAGGGGCUCGCGGACAGAGCAGGGCGAGUCGCAGGCGCGCGCGACAAUUGAUGCUGCGAAAACGGCGAUUGACGCCGUGGUGCCUGUGUACAUGUCGUCAGCGGUUGCGUGGGCCGGCAUAUGCACUAUGACACCGCUGUUGCUGGACCCUAUUUUACGAAUCGAUUACAUGUAUGCCGGGCUUUCGCACGUCCUCGGUCGAAUAGACUUUUACAUGACACUCGCUUCCCUUUCGAUGCCGGGAAGCUGGCGCGACGACGCCAAGUUUCGGUCGCAGCAAGAUCCUGUGCACGGUCAAAUAUCACGGCAAUAUCGCAGAAUCCUCGAAUUUGAAAUGAAUUGCGUGUGCGCUGCCGCUAGCGCCUGGAACCCGGCCGCCAAGAACGUGGUCGACUGGAAUGGCUUGGCGAGAAUGAUCAAAACCAUCCAGGAGGCUGACGAGGAGCUGGUUGAGUGCAUCAGGGCCAACGCGACGGCUGUGACGAGACAUAGGCUGUUCAAAAGCUAUCAAGACCUGGAGCCGCUGGCGAUGGCGGAAGACUCGAUGAACCAUCAUCACAUGGCUGCCAUUGCGACGGCGGUGGUUGCAUGA